AUGCAUCUCAAUAGGCUCCCGCUGAUCUUGUUGAGUCUUUAUGCGUUUUGGAUAUCGUUGACAUACUCCGCCCCAACUGUCAAGACAGACAGCUCGUUAUACGAAGCACGCACACAACUCUCUACGCACCAGCCGUCGGCCCGAGAUCUUAUUCAACGGGAGGACCAUGUCUUGAACCAUCUAGUACGUCGCAAGCUCCCAAAGGAAAUUGCGGACUGGGACCUUUACGAGGCAUGGGACAAUGCUGUAUUGUCUACGCCACCACACGUUUUCGCCAUUCCUGCAAAUAUUCCAAAAGGAACAGCCGUUAAAGGAAAAUCAAACAAUGAUUAUAAAUUUGAAACAGAGGAGGAUUGUGUGAUUGAAAAGAAGUAUCUCAAAUUAGGAGAUGAACUUGGGCAUGGAUCAUUCGGCACCGUCUACAAAGCCAUAUACACCGUCCCGAAUACAGAAUUUGGCGGUAGCAGCUCUAUCUCAGUUGCCGUUAAAACAGCGCAGACUGAGCCAGGCAACAUGAUUCAUGGAGCAAUUUUGCAGAAAUCGAUCAAAAGCGACUAUAUCGUUCCAGUUUUUGACAUUUUCUAUGUCCCAAAGGACAAUGAGGCAUUCGCGAUUAUGUCAAAGGCGAGUGAUGGUGAUUUGGCAGAUUAUGCAGAGAAGUCUAAAGUUUCUAAGAAAGAACUCGAGAAAUUGUUCCGACAUGUGUUGUUUGGUGUACAUAAAUUACACUCCAUGCGCAUUAUGCACCGUGACAUUAAGCCAAAUAACAUCCUUCUGUUCGACGAUGGAUCUCUCCCCAAAAUCGCCGACUUCGAUAUGGCAAUCGAAGCCGACAAAUCUAAGCAAUUCGGUAUUGGAACACCAGGGUUUGUGGCACCAGAAGUUAUAAGACUUCGGGAAUAUGGUACCGGGGCAGAUAUCUUUGCGCUGGGAAUGACCUGGAUCGAAAUCUUGAAACCUUCUCGAUGGAAUGGUGAUGAUUUGUUGUCGCUUUGGAAAGACCUCGUGGUCCCUAAGGAAAGCAAAUCUAAGGCGAAGAGCGUAUGGCUAAGUCGGAAAAAUGUCAAAACUGUUUUGACCAAGAGGCUGGGGAGUUCGACAUACUGGACCGAGGCUAAACUCAACCUGUUAUCGAAGGUUCUUUGUGAGCCUAAAAGCCGAAUUGGUAUUGUUGAUUUUAUAAAAGGGUUCGAUGCUAUGAUGAAAGGAAAAUCCAUAAAUUUGGAAUAA